UAUUCUCUUAUCAUUGAAAUCUUCUUGUUCUUUGUUAACUAAAGAAAGAUCUGUAAUACUAUCUCUCUACUGCAAAACCAUUCUCCUGUUUCUUCUUUUGUGAUCUUUUGGUUUAUUUGAAGAAGAAGAUAAAGAAAAGAUAGAUAGAUAGAGACUUGUCUGUCUGAGAGAUCUGAUUGAGCAGGGAAUGAUAAGAUGGGUAGGAAAGGAAAAUGGUUUUCUAGUGUAAGGAAAGCUCUCAGCCCUGAGUCAAAGGAGAAGAAAGAUCAGAAAUCAAAUAAAUCAAAGAAGAAAUGGUUUGGCAAGCAACAUCAACCGGAUUCUGAUUCCACCUCUGUAGAAAAUGUCAGAACACUUUCUCCUCCUCCCGUGCCUGCUCCUCCUUCUCCUCCUCCUCCUCCUCAUCCAGAAGAGAUAAAAACAAUUGAAGCAACAAGUGAACCGAACAAGCAUGCCUAUUCUGUUCCAGUUGCUGCUGCUGCUGCUGAACCUGCUCCUCCUCCUGUCGAGACCACUGCGGAGGUUGUUCGACUUGUCAAGGUUAAUAAGUUUGCUGGAAAAUCAAGGGAAGAAGUAGCUGCAAUCAAGAUUCAAACAGCAUUCCGAGGCUACAUGGCAAGAAGGGCAUUGCGGGCUUUAAGAGGGCUGGUGAGGCUCAGAUCACUGAUAGAAGGGCCUACUGUAAAACGACAAGCCGCACAUACCCUGCAGUGCAUGCAGACUCUAGCCAGGGUACAGUCUCAAAUUCACUCAAGAAGGCUCAGAAUAUCAGAAGAGAACCAGGCCCUCCAGAGGCAACUCCUACAGAAACAUGCACAAGAGCUUGAGAAGUUGCGGAUGGGAGAGGAAUGGGAUGACAGCCUACAGUCAAAGGAACAGAUUCAAGCUAACCUGCUAAACAAGUACGAGGCAGCUAUGAGAAGGGAAAGAGCAAUGGCUUAUUCAUUCACCCAUCAGCAAACUUGGAAGAACUCUUCAAGUCAUGCAAAUCCUAUAUUUAUGAGCUCAGGCAAUCCUUCCUGGGGCUGGAGCUGGUUGGAGCGAUGGAUGGCAGCCCAUCCAUGGGAUAGCCGGAGUACAACGGAUAAAGAAAUCAAUAACGACCACUCAUCUGUAAAGAGUGCAGGCCGCAGCAUAGUUGGAGGAGAAAUCAGCAAGUCUUAUGCUCGGUACCAGCUCAAUUCUGACAAACUAUCACCAAUAGAAAGUGAGAAGACAAGGCAAACCAUGAACCAACAGUCUCCCUCUACUCCUUCGAAGCCAGUUUCUUCUACUGUUGCUAGAAAAUUGAAGUCAGCAAGUCCAAGAAGCAGCAUUGGAGGUCUAGAUGAUGACUCUAGAAGCAUGGUCAGUAUGCAGUCAGAUCGAUAUAGAAGGCAUAGCAUUGCAGGAUCAUCUGUGAGGGAUGAUGAGAGCCUUGGUAGCUCUUCAGCACUUCCAAGCUACAUGGUACCUACUGAGUCUGCAAGAGCAAAGUCCAGAUUGCAAAGUCCAUUGGGGACCGAGAAAAAUGGGACACCAGAGAAGGAAAAAGGAACACCAGGGCCUGCAAGAAAACGGCUUUCUUACCCACCUUCACCAGCCAGGCCAAGGCAGCAGCCAGGUCCGCGAAAGGUGCAAAGCAACUUAAAUGUAGAAAAUGGUGUGGCUAAUGGACAGGGCUAAAUGCUUCAAAUUGUGGAGGAAUGAGCAUGCAGCGAUUAUAAUUCUUUAGAGAACACAAACACGAGAGCAAAAUAAGAGGAACUCUAUUUCUGAAUCCUCUCUUGUUGUUCAAAGUAUUUAUUCAUUGGUGAGCAAGCGUUGUUUUGGGGUGAAAUUAGCAAUCUUGGGUUAGUCCUUUCCUGGGUAUUUUAUUUGUUCUUAUCUAUUUGUUUAUAAAUCUACUCUUUAUUCAUUGCUUGGGAUACUGAUAUCUGUAUCAUGACAAAAAUAAUCUCCAAAUUGACUUUGAGUAUCUUGUUAUCAUUUCCUUUUUCAUUCA